AUGCGUCCGGGAGGAGCGCGCUCUCCUCCUGCCGGUGCGGUGCUGUCCUCCCUGUGUCUGUGGCUCAUUGCUUCACUGCCCUGUGUUCAGGCUGCUGAGCCUGAAGGCGCUGUUUACAAAGGAGAUGAGCAGGGUUCAGUGAGGAGCAUCCUUGACCAGGUACAGAGUUAUGAGAUGAUUUAUCCCACAUGGCUGCAUCCUCACAGACACAGGAGGUCUGCCCACGAAGAGCAUCCUGCAGAGGCCCAGGUUCUGAUCUCCGCUGAGGGCCAUGAGCUCAAGCUACACCUGGAGAAAAACAAGCAUCUGUUGGCUCCUGGAUAUCAGGAAAUAUGGUACACUCCCGAAGGAGUUCGCAAGUCCUCCUCUCCUGGCAACACUGGACACUGUUUCUACCAUGGGGAGGUUCUGGGCAUGGAAGGCUCAAGUGUUGCUGUUAGCACAUGCUCAGGACUCAGGGGACUGAUUUCUCUGAACACAAGUGUCAGCUACCUGAUCGAGCCUCUUCCUGUUUCCACGGGCGCACAGCAGCACGCCGUGUUCAGAGCCGAGAGUCUCCAUCUACCCAAGGGUAGCUGCCUGCAUCACCAUGGCAACAAGGAGCAUAAGGAGGGGCUUAACGACUUCCUCCAUGGAAUGAUGUCACCACGGAGCAGGAGGGAAAAAAGGGACCUGAGUAAGAGUAUGAAAUACGUGGAGCUGCUGCUAGUGGCAGACAAGGCUGAGUUUGAGAAGCAUGGAAGUAGUCUCGAGAAGACCAAACAGAAAUUACUUGAAGCGGCCAACUUGGUUGACAAGUACUACAAGGCUUUAAACAUCCGCGUGGCAUUGAUCGGUCUGGAGGUGUGGUCCAGCCAGAACAUGAUCAGCGUUUCGGACAACCCUCACAGCACUCUGGCAGCGUUCCUGUCCUGGAGAAGCAAACAGCUCCGCUCGCUGCCCAACGACAACGCUCAGCUCAUCACGGGGAAGGGCUUCCAGGGCACCACCAUCGGACUGGCCCCUCUCAAAGCCAUGUGCUCCGACUACCAGUCUGGUGGAGUUAACACGGACCACUCAGAGUCAGCUGUGGGUGUAGCUGCCACCAUCGCACACGAGAUGGGUCAUAACUUCGGCAUGAGCCACGAUAGUGCAGGCUGCUGCCAGGCCAAGGCCGAGGACGGAGGCUGCAUCAUGGCUGCUGCUACUGGGCAUCCAUUCCCACGUGUUUUUAACGAUUGCAACCAGAAGGAGCUGAAGAACUACCUGAGCUCUGGAGGGGGGAAGUGUCUCUUCAACUUGCCAAACACCAGAUCCAUGUACGGAGGGCAGCGCUGCGGCAACGGCUACCUGGAGGAUGGAGAAGAAUGUGACUGUGGAGAAGAAGAGGAGUGUACCAGUCCCUGCUGUAAUGCCAACAACUGCACUCUGAAGGCUGGAGCUGAGUGUGCCCAUGGUGUCUGCUGCCAAAACUGCAAGUUGAAGAGCCCGGGUGUGCUGUGUCGUGCUCCCUCGGGGUCAUGUGACCUGCCAGAGUACUGCGAUGGGAAGGCAGAGUCUUGUCCGGCUAAUUUCUAUCUGGUGGAUGGUUCGUCGUGUGCAGGCGGGCAGGCCUACUGUUACACUGGCAUGUGUCUGACCCUGGAGCAGCAGUGUCUCUCUCUCUGGGGACGAGAUGGCCGUCCAGCCCCUGACCUGUGUUUUAGGAAGGUAAACGAAGCCGGGGACAUGUACGGGAACUGUGGCAAGGAUCUGUUCGGGAAGUACAGGAGCUCCGCCAAGCCCAUCGAGAACAAUGCUGUCCGUAUAGAAACCACUGUCAGUGUGGGCAACAGGAAGAUCCAUUGUAUGGGAACACAUGUGUACAAGCCUGGGCAGGGGGACGAGGAGGGGCAGGGGGACACUCUGGACCCAGGCCUGGUCAUGACGGGCACCAAGUGUGGAGAUGACUCGAUUUGCUUUAACGGAGAAUGCCGCAAUGCAUCUUUCCUCAGAGCUGAUGAGUGCAAUGCAAAGUGCCGUGGACACGGGCUGUGCAACAACAAUCACAACUGCCACUGUGACACGGGCUGGGCUCCUCCUCUGUGUGAGCAGCAGGGGUCUGGGGGGAGUGUGGACAGCGGACCCGUCAUCACCCACAGCAAUCUCCUUCCUGUCCUGGUGGUCCUUCCUCUGGUCCUGUUUGUGGUUCUGGCUGCUGUUGGACUGUUGUUCUACUACAGACAUAGACUCCACCCACUGAAGUCCUCCAAUCCACCUCCAGUGCCAAGCUGUUCAGUCCCGGUCGAUGGCAAGCCUCUGCAUGCUGACGUUCAUGUGAACGGUCAUGCCAACCCAACAUUCUUGCUUAAAAAACAGGACUCGGAUAACCUGGGGAAAUCUUCUCCUCGUCCCAGCCCGUCUUGCUCUUCUCUGUCCAGGAACGCCAUAGUGCGUCCAGCAGUGAAGCCUCCUCCAGUCCCUUUGUAUGCUGCAGUACAGAGAGAGCAAACACCUCAGAGACAAUGCUCUCCUCAGGGUUACACUCCACCUUCAGCUAAAUCUGUGCAACUCAGCGAGCAGAGACGGAACCAGGCUCCUCCAGCACCUCCACAUUUACCUUCCAACGAUGCCAAAACCCACUCACAGCAUUCAGCAGCACCAAAAGCCAGACCAGACCCCCCAAACAGACCUCCACCGCCUUUACCUGUCAACAAGCUACCAGGGGAACAGCAACAAAUGAAGGGACUGCUGGUUUCCACUAAUGCGCUGCAGAGAGGAAAAGCUGCUUUGGCUCCAUCUGCUGGACAGAAAAGGCCAAAGAGAAACUAA